ACAUAUCCUAUACGUAAUACCAAGUUGUAUAAACACGGAGAGUUGUAUUUGAGGUUAGAACAAGCCAUGGAUCUACUUUGUUGCGAACGAACGAGCGAGACAGAGUGCAGGGCGUAUGCCGAUCCAGCUUUGAUCGACGACGAUCGAGUUUUACAAAAUCUUUUGAAGACGGAAGAAAGAUAUGCUCCGAAUAGUUCUUAUUUCGAGUGCGUUCAGAGGGACAUCUCGCCGCUCAUGCGCAAGAUCGUCGCCGAGUGGAUGUUAGAGGUAUGCGAAGAGCAAAAGUGCCAAGAGGAGGUCUUCCCCCUAUCGAUGAACUACGUCGAUAGGUUCCUGUCGAUUUGUCCUAUCAGGAAAUCGCAGCUGCAACUAUUGGGAACGACCUGCUUACUUCUCGCUUCGAAAUUGCGAGAAGCAUCGCCGUUAACAGCCGAAGUCCUUGUUUUCUAUACGGAUAACUCCAUUACUCUUGAUGAUCUCUGGAGGUGGGAACAACUCGUAGUGUCGAAACUGAAAUGGGAGCUUUCGGCAGUGACACCGGGCGACUUCCUGAUACACAUUCUCAGCCGACUACCCGUAUCUGGUACCUGGGAUCAUAUGAUGAUCUUGAGGCACGCACAAACCUUCGUAGCCCUAAGUGCGAGAGAGUACAAGUUUUCGAUGUAUACGCCUAGCAUGAUAGCAGCUGCGAGCAUCGCAGCAGCACUUCAUGGACUCGAUUGGACUGGAAAGAGCGGUUUCGGAUUAGCCGGUCUUUUUGAUGAACUUACUCGCAUCACGGCUAUCGAACAGGAUUAUUUACGAGGAUGUUUGGAACAGAUCGAAGAGAUGGUUUCACAAGUACAAGGUGGUCACGUAAACGGCGAUGGUAAUGCUAAUGGCGAUACCGGUGUCGAUGGACAUCAAGUAGUUUCUAUGAGUGUUUCUAGUGGACAACAAAGGCCAUUGGGGGAACAAACUACAUCACAGGAGAAGGUAAUCGAACAUGAAAAGGCAGGUACGCCGACUGAUGUCAGGGAUGUUCAUUUCUGAAUAAGAAGAACGACGACGACGACGAUUACGACACCAGCAACAACGGCUGCAGCAACAGUAGCUGCAACAGAAGUGGAUGCAGCAGCAGCAGCAGCAGACGCACACGCAAUAACGACAAUACCAACAUCGACAACAAUAACAAUGACAUCGAUAACAAUAACGAUAACAACAGCAACGAAGUUAGAUACGUUAUUGAGACGUUAAAACAAACAGAGACUACAGAAAAGAAAAGUAAAAGAAGAUUGAAAUAAUAAUAUCGUCGUUGAACUUCGUCGUUUAUCUUCUCCUCUUUCUCAAAGAAAGAAAGACAGAGAAAGAGAGAGACGUGCAUCGCAGAAAGAUAAAUAACUAGGUAGGGAUAGAUAGUUAAAAAGAAAGUGACGCCAUCACGAGACUUCGUAAUUAUGUAAAAUGUUUUUCCUUUUAUUUUCCUUUUUUUUUUUAAUUUUUUUU